CAACCAUUGAAGCUGAUCAAUGCAGACAUGUCCUCCCUGCAACCCACGCCGACGAUGGUGUACUCGUAUGUGAGUGCAUGCACCGCUGUUGUGCUGGGACUGUUGCUGUUUGCACAGCGCAAGCCGUCGUCAUCUGCAGCAGCGAAUAGCACCCACACGGCCGCAUCCAACUCAUUCAGGCAGUUCCAGUGGCGGUUUCUCACGGUGUAUCUGGUGAUGACGGCCGCGGAUUGGGCGCAAGGGCCCUAUGUCUACAACUUGUACGAGCACUACGGGUUCUCCAUUGCCCAGAACGGACAGCUGUUCAUCGCUGGCUUCGGUGCAUCCCUCACGCUGGGCACCAUUGCCGGCAGCCUCGCGGACAAGCGUGGUCGAAAGUUUGGUGCUGUGCUGUAUGGGCUGCUGUACAUGGCGUCCUGCGUCACCAAGCACUUCAACAGCUUCCCCGUCUUGAUUGUCGGGCGUGUGCUCGGCGGCAUUGCCACGUCGCUCCUCUUCUCCGUGUUUGAGGCCUGGAUGGUUGCAGAGCACGAGAAGGCAGGCUUCGACAGCACGUGGCUCGCUUCCACGUUCGCGUACAUGUCUGUAGGCAACGGCAUCGUCGCCAUCUUGGCCGGAUGGGCCGCACAGGCUGCUGUGGACCUUGCUGGUCACCCUGUUGCACCGUUUGACUUUUCCUUCGCGCUGCUGGCUGUGGGGACCGUUGCCGUUUGGAGCACGUGGGGCGAAAACUUUGGCCAGGCCGGAAGUGAUCUCCAGUCGAAUUUGGCAGACGCCUGGCGCGCCAUUCGCACAGACCGCAGCGUGCUGCUGCUUGGAACGCUGCAGUCGCUGUUUGAGGGCGCCAUGUACACGUUUGUGUUCAUCUGGACACCGGCGCUACAGGAAGGGGCGACCACCUCUCUUCCCCUCGGCACCAUCUUCGCCACAUUCAUGAUCUGCUGCGCCAUCGGUGGCGCCCUGUUCAAGUGGGUGUCUUCGAGUGGCGGUGCAGCUGUGGAUAUGCGAUCUGUUCUGUUUGGCGUGUUCCUCUGCGCAACCGUCUCUCUCGCUGUUCCCGCCAUCACAACAGCGACACAUGCGAGAUUCGCAGCCUUUCUUCUUUACGAGGUGGCCGUGGGUGUGUUCUGGCCGGGUAUGGGGACGCUGCGCGCUGCGUGUGUGGACGAGCGUGUGCGUGCGACCAUCCUCAAUCUGUUUCGUGUCCCCUUAAACGUGAUGGUGUGUGUGAUCCUGCUCUAUGUGGGGCAGCUGGCCAUCUCAACCGUCUGCCUCCUCCUCGCCGCAACGCAAGCGGGCUGCUGUGCGCUCAUCUGGAUGAUGCCUGCAGGCACGUCGAACCGCUCGCCUCCAUCCACAUCACAAGCACACGCGCAAGACAAGGUGUAGAGGAGGGGGCGGGGGAGAGGUGUGAUGAAUGUGGUGAUGCAACGUUGUGUGUGCACCGCAUCGAUAAGUUACGCCAUGUUCCGGCUGUGUGGAGUUGUGCCAGCCACGCUCGAUUCGCUCGUCACGCCCCCAUGGCUUGCUGGCCAGUUACCAUUUCUUUAAUAUGCGCAUGUGUACAUACACGCACGUGAGACAUCAUUAAAUACAAGCAGUACAAUCG